AUGUUACCUAUUAUAAGCGAUGAACAUCCGUUUAACUCCUACAAAUUUCAAGAUUCCAAUGACUUUGUUAUUGUAAAUUUUUAUGCAAAAGGUGCUAUUGAACAAAAAGAUUUCGAGGUUCUUACUGACAUUGAUUCUCUUGAGGUUUCCACGCCAGCUGGUGAAAAAUGGAGUUUUCAAUUAUAUGAACAUGUUUACUCUGAUAGAACUGAAAUGAAAAUUGAUAUAAAUGAAACUAGAACACAAACAACACUAGAAUUUCGUUUAUAUAAACAACAGAUACAUACAGUAUGGCCACAACUUUAUAGUCUUCACACAGUUCCAAUUACACCUAAAAAAAAUGAUCUAAAUAAAGAUCCAAAUGAUCGACAAAUAAAUUCUAAUAUGGAGCAAGAAGAAGAGCCUAUUGAAUUGUCUUUAAAGAACAUAAAAACUGAAUUUAUGGAAACGAAUUUUAAUACAGCUGUAUUGAGCAUUUAUGUGAAACAAGUAUCUAGAUUACAACUACAAUUUAAUGAAACUAACUUUACGGCUAUAUUUAAAUCAGAUGACGAAGAAUUUCUGCAACUUCAUUCAAUACCAGCUGAAAGACUAAUUAAAUUGUUUGUUCGUGUGAAAGAACGUAUUAAACCUGAUGAAUGUUUUUCACGGAAUACAGCAAUGGUCAUCGAAAUUAAACUUGUUAAAGAAAAUCAGAAUGGCAUUAGAUGGAAUCAAUUAGGACCGAAUGAAUAUUCGGACGCUCAGCCAAUAACAGAGUUUUUUGGAGCAAGCUCGUACACCAACCGAUCGCCAGAAAUACAUUCUUCUCGGUCAUUAUUGCAUUUGAAAGAUAAUAUAAGCCGACCCACUAUGUCACUAUCACUACCACCGUCAAUUGGCUAUACGGGUAUUUACAAUCCUGCCAAUUCAUGCUUCAUGAAUGCUGCUGUUCAAUGUUUAUCAAAUACACGUGAACUACGAGAUUAUUUUUUACACUCAUACCAUUCUCUUGAGAUAAAUCAAGUAAAUCCACUUGGUAUGAAAGGUGCAAUGGCUGAAGAAUUCGGUAAAAUAAUUCAAGAGCUAUGGUGCGGAAACUAUAGUUAUAUAAUUGCAAAUCAACUACGUGAUUAUGCAGCUAAAAGACAUCAAGAAUUUGUCGGUAAUGGACAACAUGAUGCGCAAGAAUUAUUAACAAUUUUACUGGAUGCUAUUCAUGAAGAUCUUAAUCGAGUGAUUAGUAAACCUCUUGUGCCACCAAUAGAAGAUGAAAAUCGACCAGACGAGGUUAUUGCUGAUGAAUAUUGGCGUGGUUAUUUAAGUCGUAAUGAUUCUAUUAUUGUUCAAUUAUUUACUGGACAAUUUAAAUCGAAAACGAAAUGUCCACAAUGUCAUAAAGAAUCGGUUACAUUCGAUCCAUUUACAUCGAUCUCUGUACCAUUACCAAAAUAUGUAUCAGUGGAUACAAUUGUUAUAUUUCAAAAUAUUGAAAAGCCACCAACUAAAUAUCGUGUUGUUAUGUCUUCCGAUGGUUCGAUCGGAGAUUUAAAACGACGUGUAUCAAGUAAAUGUGGUUUACCAAUUACUAAAAUGUUAGCAUAUAAAAUGCAAAAUAAUCAUUCGAUAGAAUUUCUUAAAGAUACGGACCAAGUUCCAACAAACAACUAUUCAUGGAAUAGUUUUGAUAUGACAUGCAUAACUGAAACGUUGACAAGUGCUGAAUGUAAUGAUGAGAAAAUGAUUUCGUUAACAUUUUAUCAACGCGUCUUUAAAGCACCUGAUUAUAUAUCGUCAUGUGGUUAUUGCCAAGCACCACCGAAACCGGAUAGUUCACCGGUUUUUUGUAAUCAUUGUUAUCGAGUAGCGUAUUGUGAUGAAGACUGUCUAAAAUUUAAUGAAAACGAUCAUAAAGAUUUUUGUGAGUUUCGUGCGUCGGACAAUUAUGAAACUGUGGGUCUUCCAUUCAUUGUUUCAUUACCGGAAUCGAAAUUAACAUGUAAAAAUGUAUUUGAACAAAUAAAUAUUAAUGCUAAACGAAGUGUAGAAGUUGAUAUCGAACAUUCAAAAUCAAUUCGACGAUCAUCUGUAUUCAAUAAUGGUUUUAGUUGUAACGAUGAUGAGGAUGAUGAUGAUGAUGAUGAUAGCUUUAGUGAUAUUGAAAAUACCGAUUGGACAACAAUAAAAAGUCGACUUUCAACAUCUGAUUCAUGGUCUAUAGUUCGUAUCGGUGAUUAUUUUGUUAAAAAGAAUACAAACAAAAAGAGUUCAAAACAAAAAAUUGACGCAAGAGAAAAUAUUGUUGAUGAUACAUCAACAAAUAAUAAUAAUAAUAAUGAGCAAGAGCCAAUGGUUACAAGCCAUGAUAAUGUUAGUAACACGGAGAAUUUUGAUAUGCUUGAUGAUAUAUGUACUCCUCCUCAACCAUUAUAUCGUAUAAUGCCUCAAACAACGAAUGAUAUGAAGAAUAAUUUUCAGUCAAUUAUUGAGCCUGGUGAUGAUGCAGAGAAAAUUUUACGUUCUCAUACUUCGUUUUCCAUUGAUUGGUUUACAGAAAAUAAAAGAGAAUCAGCAUUUCGUGUAACAUCAUCCAUGCAUCGUAGUGGAAUAAACGGCCUGGUUGACGAUGAGAGUGUUUCUAAUGCAUUUUCUAGAGAUCAAGAUGUAACACUUCAACAAUGUCUUCAACUAUUUAUUGAACCUGAAGUUCUAGGGCCUGAUGAUAAAUGGUAUUGUCCACAUUGUAAAGAACAUAUUCAAGCUGAAAAGAAAAUGUCCGUUUGGCGUUUACCACCAAUAUUAAUCAUACAUCUCAAGCGAUUCAAAUAUAGUCAUUGUUCUUCAUUAGGUUAUAUGUCAAGUUCCCGCGAAAAAAUUGAUACAACAAUUAAAUUUCCAAUUCGUGAUCUUAAUAUGGCGCCAUAUUGUUCAUCAAUAUCUGCAGACAAUCAGCAGCAUGAAGCUUUAUCGCGAUUUCGUUAUGAUCUUUAUGGAGUUAUAAAUCAUUGCGGUUCGGCUUGGUUUGGCCAUUAUACAUCUAAUGCAAGACUUUUGGCAUUUAAUGAUUCAGCAAAAACUGAAAUUGGUUGGCGUCUUUUUAAUGAUCAAUCUGUGUCAUCGUUUGCAAACGACAAAGAUCUUAUUCGAUCCGAUGCUUAUGUUCUUUUUUACAGACAUCGUAAUUUGCCAGUUCAAUUUACUUUACAAGAACAAUUACAACGUGCUUUAUCUGAAUCACUCGCUACUUAG